AUGACAAUUGGAAAAAGUAUUGAAGCAUUUGAUCAUCUAACAUUUUGGGUUGGCAAUGCAUUACAGGCUGCCUCUUGGUAUUGUAUUCGCUUUGGUUUUGAACCGUAUCUGUAUAAAGGUUUAGAAACGGGUUCACGCGAUGUUGUUAGUCAUGUUAUUCGACAAAAUAAAAUUCUAUUCGUAUUUCAAUCAGCAUUAACGCCAAAUAACAACGAUUACGGUCAUCAUCUUACAUUCCAUGGAGAUGGAGUAAAAGACAUUGCUUUUAGUGUUAAUGAUAUUGAAAAUGUUGUCAAACAAGCAAGAGAAAAAGGAGCAAAAAUUGUCAAAGAUGUAUGGAACGAGACGGAUGAAAAUGGCACGGUGAAAAUGGCUUGUAUUCAAACAUAUGGUGAUACAACUCAUACGUUGAUUGAACGAGGUGAUUUUAAAGGUGAAUUUUUACCAAAUUUUAAACCACAUCCUCAUAAAAAUAAAGAUAAUUUAUUAACAAAACUACCUAAUAUUGGACUUCAAUUCAUUGAUCACGUGGUGGGAAAUUGUCCAGAUAAUGAGAUGGAAAACACAACAAAAUGGUAUGAAAAUUCUUUACAAUUUCAUCGGUUUUGGUCAGUUGAUGAUUCUGUAAUUCAUACUGAAUAUUCAUCUUUACGUUCCAUUGUCGUUUCAAAUGAACAAGAAACGAUUAAAAUGCCAAUCAAUGAACCAGCAUCAGGAAAAAAAAAGUCUCAAAUUCAAGAAUAUGUUGACUAUUAUGGCUCGGCAGGCGUUCAACACAUUGCAUUGAAUACAUCCGAUAUUAUUACAGCUGUCGGAAAUAUGCGUGAACGUGGAUUAAACUUUUUACAAGUACCGAAUACCUACUAUAUAGAUUUACGUGAAAGAUUAAAACAUUCGAAAGUGAAAGUAACCGAAGAUUUAGCAAUUCUUGAGAAGUUACAUAUUCUAAUUGAUUAUGAUGAUAAUGGAUAUUUGUUACAAAUAUUUACAAAACCAGUUGAAGAUCGUCCUACAUUAUUUCUCGAAAUAAUUCAACGAAAAAAUCAUAGUGGUUUUGGUAUUGGAAAUUUUAAAGCAUUAUUCGAAGCAAUUGAACGUGAUCAAGCGGAUCGUGGAAAUUUGUAA